GCGGGGCGGGAGGACGGAGCUUGCGGAGGCGGCUCUGGGCACGGCCACAAGGGAACCCCCCGCGCCCCAGGCGGAGAGGAGGCAACUGGAAGCGCCGCGGGGCCUUUUCCCUGCCCUGCUGCCGAGCGGCGUCCGCCAGCUACACGCAGCAGCAGAGCCCUGCGACGCCUGAGCGGCGCGCAGCCAAGCCACCAGCCGCAGCUCGCUCGCUGGCUGAACAGGAAGCGCAGCCCCGGCGGCGGCGGCUGCUGCUGCUUCGCACCGUGCGGCUCCCGCACUUGGCAAUGGGCUGGGGGCAGCGGCGGCAGCCGGCCAGCAGCAGGAGCAGAAGCCGGAGUCGCAGCGGGGCUAGGAGCUAAGGAGGGAGGAUGGCAGCGUCCAGUAACUCCAGUUUGUCCGGCUCCUCGGUUUCCUCCGAUGCUGAAGAAUACCAGCCUCCAAUAUGGAAAUCCUACUUGUAUCAGUUACAACAGGAGGCGCCGCGUCCCAAGAGAAUCAUUUGUCCUCAGGAGGUGGAGAACCGACCAAAAUAUUAUGGAAGAGAGUUUCAUGGAAUUAUUUCUCGGGAGCAAGCAGAUGAAAUACUUGCAGGUGUAGAAGGAGCAUAUAUUCUUAGAGAGAGCCAGCGGCAACCUGGAUGCUACACUCUAGCUCUCAGGUUUGGUAAUCAGACCUUAAACUACAGGCUUUUCUAUGAUGGGAAGCACUUUGUGGGGGAGAAAAGGUUUGAAUCUAUCCAUGAUUUGGUAACAGAUGGCUUGAUAACGCUGUAUAUAGAAACCAAGGCUUCUGAGUAUAUUGCCAAAAUGACCAAAAACCCCAUCUAUGAGCACAUAGGAUAUGCUACUCUGCUUAGAGAAAAAGUAUCCCGAAGGCUGAGCAGAACCAAAACUGAAUCAAGAAAAGCUAGUGUAACAAGUGAAGAAAAUACACCGGUUGAAAAGAUCACCUCUUUGGUCAGAAGAGCAGCUUUAACUCAAAACGACAACCAUUUCAACUAUGAAAAAGCACACAAUUUUAAGGUCUACACAUUCCGAGGUCCACACUGGUGUGAAUACUGUGCCAAUUUCAUGUGGGGGCUCAUCGCUCAGGGAGUCAGGUGUUCAGACUGUGGGUUGAAUGUACACAAACAGUGUUCCAAAUAUGUGCCCAAUGACUGUCAACCAGACCUCAAGAGGAUCAAGAGAGUCUACUGCUGUGACCUCACUACACUAGUGAAGGCCCACAACACACAGAGACCCAUGGUUGUGGAUAUAUGCAUUCGAGAAAUAGAAGCAAGAGGUUUAAAGUCAGAGGGCCUUUACAGAGUCUCGGGGUUCACUGAACACAUUGAAGAUGUCAAAAUGGCUUUUGAUCGAGAUGGUGACAAGGCUGAUAUCUCUGCAAGUUUAUAUCCAGACAUAAACAUUAUUGCUGGAGCACUGAAGCUAUAUUUCAGAGACUUGCCGAUUCCUGUAAUCACCUAUGAGACCUACUCCAAGUUUAUGGAGGCAGCAAAAAUCUCCAAUCCUGAUGAACGAUUAGAAGCUGUCCAUGAAGUAUUGAUGCUACUUCCUGCUGCGCACUAUGAGACACUUAGAUAUCUAAUGAUUCAUCUCAAAAAGGUUACCUUGAAUGAAAAGGAGAAUUUUAUGAAUUCUGAAAACCUGGGAAUAGUGUUUGGACCUACUUUAAUGAGACCUCCAGAGGACAGCACUCUUACUACCCUGAAUGACAUGCGGUACCAGAAGCUAAUUGUGCAAAUUUUAAUAGAAAAUGAAGAUGUUUUGUUCUAAACAAUGAAGAAGUAACUUCAUAGCCACCUGCUUUGAAAUCAUUAGUUUAAAGGAAAACCAACAUUUCUUUAUAGUUUAAAAAAAAAAAAAAGAAGAAGAGAAAGUUCCUGGGCUGCACUUCACUUUCUGCGAUAUUGCAGAUGAAUGCCAAAAUGUUUAAUAAAGCCUAUGUCUUAUAGACAUAUGCCUCUUUUUUAGGGAAAAAGAAAAGUCAGAAAAAAUCCUUU